AUAUCCGCUGUAUUGUAUGUGAUUGUAUUAUUGUAUGCAUUGUAUAAUGCGAAGAAGGCAAUUAUGGCGGACGCUGCAGCAAGACAAUUACAAUAUGAAUAUAAAGCGAAUUCUAAUCUUGUGUUACAAGCUGACGUACGAUUGAUAGAAAGACGCAGCAGAGAUGAAGCGACUGGUGAGGUUAUGUCACUUGUUGGCAAACUGGAUGGAACGCGUAUGGGUGACAGAGCACAACGUACUAAGCCAGGAAAAGCAGAGGAACGAAAAGUUAAGCGUCAAAAGCGGGAUGAAGCACAGUACGAUUUUGCCCGAAUGAAAGGUGCAACAUUGCUUUCAGAAGGUGUAGAUGAAAUGGUAGGAAUUGUUUAUCGUCCUAAAACACAGGAGACACGACAAACUUACGAAGUAUUGCUGAGUUUCAUUCAAGAAGCCUUGGGAGAUCAACCGAGAGAUAUUUUAUGUGGUGCAGCAGAUGAAGUACUAGCAGUUUUAAAAAAUGAUCGACUUAAAGAAAAAGAAAAGAAAAAAGAAACAGAAUUAUUGUUAGGUCCAUUAGCUGAAGAACGAUUUGCAUUAUUAGUUAAUCUUGGGAAGAAAAUAACAGACUUUGGAAGUGAUGAGAAGACUACAACAAGUGAGGAAAAUAUUGAUGAAACGUAUGGAAUAAAUGUACAAUUUGAAGAAAGUAGUGAAGAAGAUGAUGAAGAUGUUUAUGGAGAAGUCAGAGAAAAUGAUGAUGAAGGUGAUGAAGGUGAAGAAGCUAACGAUGACAGAGCUAUUCAUGCUGAGAACCUAGGUGGUGCAGAAGAAAUGAAAAAAGAGAAACCGUUACAUCCUCUAGAUAUAGAUGCAUAUUGGCUUCAAAGGAGAUUGAGCAGGAUAUAUGAUGAUGCAAUGGUAUCACAGGCGAGAGCUGCAGAAGUAUUAGCAGUUUUGAAGGACGCUGGUGAUGACAGAGACUGCGAGAACCAAUUGGUACUUCUGUUGGGUUAUGACUGUUUUGAUUUCAUCAAGCAACUCAAGAAGUAUAGACACACAAUUGCUUAUUGUACUAUGUUGGCCUCGUCGCAGUCUGAGUCAGAACGUCAAAAAAUUCGAAAUAAAAUGAACGAUGACCCCACAUUAGCAAAGAUUUUGCGACAAUUAGAUACUGGCAAAGGUGACGACGAUGCUGAUGAAACAAUGGAAGCAAGAGCGCAACGUAAACGAAGAGAAGAAAAUGAAGAUACCGGAGGCCCUGGUGGUCAAGUUCAGGGCACGAGAAAUUUAAUCGAUUUAGAAGAUUUAGUAUUUGCUCAGGGAAGUCAUUUCAUGGCGAAUAAGCGUUGUCAGUUACCGGAUGGUAGUUUUAGGAAACAACGUAAAGGGUACGAGGAGGUCCAUGUACCUGCCUUGAAACCAAAGCCGUUUGCAGAAAGUGAGAAACUUCUUCCCAUUGACCAACUACCAAAAUAUGUUCAACCGGCAUUCGAAGGUUUCAAAACGUUGAACCGAAUACAGAGUCGUUUGUAUCAGGCCGCAUUAGAAAGCGAUGAAAAUUUGUUACUCUGCGCUCCAACAGGCGCUGGUAAAACAAAUGUUGCUCUUUUAUGUAUGAUGCGUGAAAUCGGAAAACAUAUAAACGCAGAUGGUACAAUCAAUGCAGAUGAAUUUAAAAUAAUCUAUGUCGCACCAAUGCGAUCAUUGGUACAAGAAAUGGUUGGCACUUUUAGUAAAAGAUUAUCCACGUACAACUUAACAGUGUCAGAAUUAACUGGAGAUCAUCAGCUAACGAGGGAACAAAUAGCUGCGACUCAAGUUAUUGUCUGCACUCCUGAAAAAUGGGAUAUUAUCACGAGAAAGGGAGGAGAAAAAACUUUUACUUCAUUAGUCAGAUUGAUUAUUAUCGAUGAAAUUCAUUUACUACAUGAUGAGAGAGGACCUGUUUUAGAGGCUUUAGUCGCUAGAACGAUUAGGAAUAUUGAAACGACGCAAGAAGAUGUACGUCUGGUCGGUCUCUCGGCUACAUUACCAAAUUAUCAAGAUGUCGCUGCAUUUUUGCGAAUAAAACCCGAAACAGGCCUAUUUUACUUUGACAACAGUUUUAGACCUGUCGCGCUGGAACAGCAGUAUAUAGGUGUGACAGAGAAGAAAGCAUUGAAACGUUUUCAAGUAAUGAACGAGAUCGUAUACGAGAAAACGAUGGAACAUGCUGGCAGAAAUCAAGUUCUCGUUUUCGUGCAUUCUCGUAAAGAAACUGGGAAAACAGCGCGUGCUAUCAGGGAUAUGUGUUUGGAGAAAGAUACCUUAGGACAAUUCCUCAGGGAAGGAUCAGCAUCCAUGGAAGUGUUAAGAACAGAAGCCGAACAAGUUAAAAAUCAAGAACUCAAGGACCUGUUACCAUACGGUUUUGCCAUCCAUCAUGCGGGUAUGACGAGAGUGGACAGAACGCUGGUCGAAGAUCUUUUUGCGGAUAGACACAUACAAGUUUUAGUAUCUACUGCAACUUUAGCGUGGGGUGUAAACUUACCAGCGCAUACAGUUAUUAUAAAAGGUACGCAGGUUUAUAAUCCAGAAAAAGGUAGAUGGGUCGAGUUAGGCGCCCUGGAUGUGUUACAAAUGUUAGGUAGGGCAGGUCGUCCACAAUACGAUACAAAAGGUGAAGGUAUUCUUAUCACAAACCACAGCGAACUGCAGUAUUAUUUGUCUCUUUUAAAUCAACAAUUACCUAUUGAAUCGCAGUUGAUUAGUAAAAUGUCAGAUAUGUUAAACGCAGAAAUAGUGUUGGGUACGAUACAAAAUAUCAGAGAUGCGGUCACUUGGGUGGGAUAUACUUAUUUGUACAUUAGAAUGCUUCGUUGUCCAAACUUGUAUAGCAUAAGCCACGAUAAACUAAAAGAAGAUCCAUUACUCGAAUUACAUAGAGCGGAUCUUAUUCAUUCGGCCGCGGUUGGACUAGAUCGGAGCGGUUUAAUAAAAUAUGAUCGGAAAUCGGGAAAUUUCCAGGCCACAGAAUUAGGCCGUAUAGCAUCGCAUUAUUAUUGUACACAUGAAACAAUGUCUAUAUAUAAUCAAUUGUUAAAGCGUACUUUAAGCGAGAUCGAAUUGUUUAGAGUAUUUUCAUUAUCUAGUGAAUUUAAACAUAUAAAUGUUAGGGAAGAAGAGAAAUUAGAAUUACAGAAGUUGAUGGAGAGAGUACCAAUUCCAGUAAAAGAGAGUAUAGAAGAAGCCAGUGCGAAAGUCAAUGUACUUUUGCAGGCAUACAUUUCUCAAUUGAAACUCGAAGGAUUCGCUCUAAUGUCUGACAUGGUAUUCGUUACUCAGUCCGCGUCGCGAUUGAUGAGAGCCAUUUUCGAAAUUGUUCUAUUCCGUGGAUGGGCACAGUUAGCGGAUAAAUGUUUAUCCUUGUGCAAAAUGAUAGAUCGUAGGAUGUGGCAGUCAAUGUCGCCUCUUAGGCAAUUCAGAAAAAUGCCGGAAGAAAUUGUGAAGAAGAUCGAGAAGAAAAAUUUUCCUUGGGAGAGAUUAUAUGAUUUGGGACCGAAUGAAAUCGGUGAAUUGAUUCGAGUACCGAAAUUAGGUAAAACUAUCCAUAAAUAUAUUCAUCAAUUUCCAAAAUUGGAAUUGUCGACGCAUAUUCAACCGAUCACGCGUUCUACUCUAAGGGUAGAAUUAACUAUCACACCAGAUUUUCAGUGGGAUGAGAAGAUCCACGGAGCAUCCGAAGCUUUUUGGAUCCUAGUUGAAGAUGUAGAUUCCGAGGUGAUACUUCAUCAUGAAUACUUCUUACUCAAAGCUAAAUACGCAACGGACGAACAUUUGAUCAAAUUCUUCGUACCUGUAUUUGAACCAUUGCCACCGCAAUAUUUUUUACGCGUAGUAUCCGACAGAUGGAUCGGUGCAGAGACUCAAUUACCUGUUAGUUUUCGGCAUCUGAUUUUGCCAGAGAAGAAUUUACCACCAACUGAAUUGCUCGAUUUGCAACCGCUUCCAAUUACCGCCUUGCGUAACUUGAAAUUCGAAAAUCUUUACGCAGACAAAUUUCCACAAUUCAAUCCAAUUCAGACGCAAGUGUUUAACGCUGUUUAUAAUUCAGACGACAAUGUAUUCGUUGGAGCACCCACAGGUUCUGGCAAGACAACGAUCGCUGAAUUCGCUGUUUUACGUUUAUUAACUCAAAACUCAGAAGGAAGAUGCGUAUACAUGGUCAGUAAGGAAGCUUUAGCAGAAUUGGUUUACAUGGAUUGGUCCACGAAAUUCAACCAACAAUUGGGUAGAAAAGUCGUUCUACUGACCGGUGAGACCGGAACGGAUCUCAAAUUACUCGCGAAGGGACAAAUCAUAAUUACAACGGCGGAUAAGUGGGACGUAUUGUCACGAAGAUGGAAACAAAGGAAAAAUGUACAGAAUAUUCAACUUUUUAUUGUAGAUGAACUUCAGUUGAUCGGUGGUGAAGAAGGGCCUGUGCUAGAAGUCGCUUGCUCGAGAGCGCGGUAUAUCUCUUCACAGUUGGAGAAACCAACCAGAAUCAUAGCAUUGUCAGCAUCAUUAGCGGAUGCGAAGGAUGCUGCACAGUGGUUGGGCGCACCUGCUGCUGCAACAUUUAAUUUCCAUCCAUCUGUAAGACCUGUACCCCUCGAAUUACACGUGCAAGGGAUAAAUAUUACUCACAAUGCCUCUAGAUUAGCUGCUAUGGCAAAACCAGUUUACAACGCGAUACUCAGGCAUGCCUCCCAUAAGCCAGUUAUCAUUUUCGUUCCUACCCGUCGUCAAGCAAGAUUAACAGCAAUAGAUUUGCUUACGUUUACUGCAGCCGAAGGUCAGGCAUCUCGAUUCUUUCACGCGGAAGAAGCUGAUAUUAAGCCAUUCCUGGAUAGAAUGACGGAUAAAACAUUGAAAGAGACACUUUCGCAAGGUGUUGCUUAUCUUCAUGAGGGAUUGUCCGUGGACGAUCGACGUCUUGUCGAACAACUCUUCGAUAGUGGUGCUAUUCAAAUAGCAGUGGCUACGAGAGAUCUUUGUUGGGGUUUAUCUAUUAGCUCUCAUCUUGUUGUUGUCAUGGAUACUCAGUGUUACAAUGGGAAAACACAUGCUUACGAGGAUUACCCUAUUACGGAUGUUUUACAAAUGGUAGCGCGAGCGAAUCGUCCAUUAGAAGAUGAUGAUGCUAAAUGUGUUCUACUUUGUCAGAGCUCAAAGAAGGACUUCUUCAAGAAAUUUCUGAACGAGCCGUUACCCGUCGAAAGCCAUUUGGAUCACAGAUUACACGAUCAUUUUAAUGCCGAGAUCGUUACUAAAACGAUUGAGAAUAAACAGGAUGCUGUUGACUACCUCACGUGGACUUUCUUGUAUAGGCGGCUUACGCAAAAUCCGAAUUAUUACGGAUUGCAAGGCGUAACUCACAGGCAUUUAUCAGAUCAUUUGUCCGAGUUAGUUGAGAGUACUUUGAGCGAUUUGGAACAAGCGAAAUGCGUCGCUGUAGAAGACGAGAUGGAUACUCUACCUCUGAACCUUGGAAUGAUCGCGGCGUACUAUUAUAUCAAUUACGCAACUAUUGAAUUGUUUAGUCUCUCCUUAAACAAUAAAACAAAAAUCAGAGGUUUACUGGAGAUCAUUUCGGCAGCUGCCGAAUACGAAACUGUGCCCGUUCGGCAACGGGAAGAAAAUUUGUUAAGGAGUUUGGCAGCGCGAUUGCCGCACGCGCCUCAAGCACAGCGAAUGGCAGAUCCUCACGUGAAAGCGCAGCUCUUGCUACAAGCUCACUUGUCUAGGAUACAGCUUGGUCCGGAACUUCAAAAAGAUACGGAACUGGUGUUGAGCAAAGCCAUCCGACUGAUACAGGCUUGUGUUGAUGUCCUUAGCUCGUCCGGUUGGUUGGCCCCCGCUGUCGCUGCUAUGGAACUGGCGCAGAUGGUUACUCAAGCAAUGUGGUCAAAGGACUCUUAUCUUAAACAGUUGCCACAUUUCACAGCUGAUACUAUCAAACGUUGCACAGACAAGGGUGUGGAAACUGUCUUCGAUGUAAUGGAGUUGGAGGACGACGAUAGAAAUCGUCUUUUACAAUUAUCCGAGUCGCAAAUGGCUGAUGUAGCUAAGUUUUGUAAUCGUUAUCCUAAUAUAGAGAUGUCUUAUGAAGUUCAAGAUAAAGAUAAGUUACACAGCGGUGGAACUGUUAACGUUAUUGUACAGCUUGAGAGGGAAGACGAAGUCACGGGCCCGGUCGUAGCACCGUUUUUCCCGCAAAAAAGAGAGGAAGGAUGGUGGGUUGUUAUCGGAGAUCCGAAAACCAACUCCUUGCUGUCUAUUAAGAGAUUAACGCUACAGCAAAAGGCGAAAGUGAAACUCGAUUUUGUAGCGCCCGCUCCUGGACAGCAUUCUUAUACUUUGUAUUUUAUGAGCGAUGCCUAUUUAGGUUGUGACCAAGAGUAUAAAUUUACUAUCAGUGUUGAAGAAUAUGAAUCGGACGUUAGUUCAGGAUCAGAAUCAGAUUAAAGAAGUAAAAUACAUUGUAAUUGAAUAUCACACGUUCGUAUAUUAGUUUUUUAUGAAGUAUGAAUUGGUAUAUCCAAGGAUAAGAAUGAUAUAACCCGAUGACAUGUGACAGAAUACGGAGACUUCUUGAAAACUAGAAUAA